AUGGCUGAGGUAUCAAGUAUUCUUGCUAAUCUUAGAAAGUUAGAAUCCAGCCAUGAUCUCAACCCUCGACUCCUUAUGCAGCUUCUAGAGCAAUUCAACACAGCAAUACAAACAGAAAAAUCACUGAAAGACUUAAAAAUCUAUUUCAGCUCUAUUUUUCCGUCUUUGAUAAAUAUCUCAAUGCAGAUUCCAGAAGUAAGAAUAAAUAGAUUGAUGGGUUAGUUUGUGACCUAUUUCGAGUUUUUUCUCAAGAAGGAUUUGAUGUCUCACAAAUAAUCACACAAGAAAUUCUAAAAGCCACAAAUGAACAAGUAAUUUCAAAAAUCCUGAAUUUUAUUGAAGUCGUUUUAAAUUCUGUAAAAAACAUCUAGGCACCAAAAGAUAAACAAGAAAUCCUGAGAAAUCGCUUUGAGCAUGCUUUUAUAAAGCUACAAGAAAGAGCAAUAACUUCAAAACUAGCAAAAAGGAUAGCAGAACUUAAAGCAUCAAACCAUAUAUUGGCAAGCCAAAAAAUAAAUUUUAGCGAUUUUCAUACAGAAGAUAAAGUAAGGCUUAUAGGUGACUGGCUAGCUCAAGGCCCAUUUUUAAAGACAAAUGAUGGUGAAAUGGUAAAUGUCGACGGAAUUAUUAUGGCUGAAUUUUUUUCUGACCAACAUAACUUUCAAUUACUUUUAGAUCACAUUUUUAAGCAUGAAAAUGGUGCCACAAUAGCAUUUAAAGCUUACAUUGACCCUCAAAACUCUUCAAUAUUCCAUAAAUAUCAUCAAUUUGACGCAGUUGAACUGACCAUGCACCAUAUCGCUGAUUUCUUCUCAGCACAUGUAGAAGAAGUCAAAGUAAUGAUGGCUUGCAAACUAAUUGAUUUCUGGAUAAAAAAAGACGAAAAUAGAACCCUUGCUCUGUUUUUCGAACUCGAAAUAGGCGAGCAUAUGAUAACACAUAUAAAAUUUGGAGCAAUUCAGCAUUUUUUGCAUUUUGUUAUAAUAACGAACCACUCAAUAUUGAUUCAAUGGAGAAAUAGAAUAGUAGGCGAGCUUUUGCCAAAAUUUAUUCAAGAAUUGUUGCAGCUACAAGCUUAUCAUUUAUCAAAUAUCACAGAUGAAGGAAUUGAUGUAUUAACUGGCAUUGCUUCAUUUUUUGAGCAGCUUUUAAGUGACGCACUAUCAGUCCCAGUCCUUUCUAGUGUGGACGAAAUUAGAGAUGCUGAAAAUAAAGCCCUUUUUAAAGAAGCUGAAGUAUUGAAAAGCUUGCUAUUGGUAACUAAUGGGACUGUGCUAAUGCAAGGGCUAAUAGAAGCAAGCUUAAAAGAAAUCGACCACCCAAGGUGGCUUGAAGUAAAAAAUGAGUAUUUAAAUAUUCUGAUUACAGUGGUAAAAGCCUGCAAAACUGACAAUUUCACACAUAUUUCGAUAUUUUUAAACCCUGAUGUGAUUAACUGCUUGCAAGGAGAAAUCAUGAGGUUUCAGCUUUCCACGAAAAAUAAAAUAAUCCAGCUGAAUGCGUUUACAAUACAAAUUCCUAUAAAUCUUUAUUUACUUAACUUGUUCAGAGCUCUUGCAAAUAUUCUUGAACUUACCCCACAAAAUGUAUGUGCAAUAGAAAGAGAAUGCUGGAAUAAGCUAUUUACUUGUCUUUUUGUGUAUAAAACUAAUGCGAUUUUGUGCUCACUGAUGAAAAAGCUGUCGUUUUAUAUGUUUGAGUGCAAAAAUGAAAAGAAUUUAAGGUAUAUUUUAUUAUCAAGAGGAGUUUUAAGCAAAUUAGUAGCAGCAGCUAUAGAACCUAUAGCGACUGUGGAGGAAAGAGAUUUCAGAUAUUUAGCUAAAGAAACAUUAGGGGUUAUAGUCCAAUAUGCAACGGAAAAUGACAAUGAUUUGUCAGAAGAACUCAAAAGACAUCAGUCAUGACAUGAAAUCCCGAAACAUUUGAUAAGGAAAAGCACUAAAAAUGAGAGGUAUAGUUUAAGAAAAAGAACUGUCGCGUCUACUGUGGGGUCUCAAAGCGAAGAAAUAAAGCAGUUGAUGAGGUCAAGAACAAAUAGAUACGUAUAG